GUCAGGUACAGUUCACAACAAGUCGAGAGCGACGUGGAAAGUGGUACAGUGUUUUCUUCAAGUACAGUAUUUCGUUGUUGUAAAAGUAGGAUGAGUGUGGGUUUUAUUGGAGCGGGCCAGGCGGCUCACGCACUGGCGCGAGGCUUCACAGCUGCAGGUGUAAUUGCCGCUCACAGAAUCACAGCCAGCUCCCCUGACACCGAUCUCCCCACUGUCCAGGGUCUCCGGAAAUUAGGGGUGCAUUUCACUACGAGCAACAAAGAGACGGUGAGCAAGAGUGACGUCCUUUUCCUGGCAGUCAAACCCCACAUCAUCCCCUUUGUGCUGGAUGAGAUCGGACCCAGUAUCGAGGACCGCCACCUCAUCGUAUCUUGCGCCGCCGGUGUCACUAUCAGCUCCAUUGAGAAGAAGCUGCUGCAGUAUCGCGCCGCUCCCAAAGUCAUGCGUUGCAUGACCAACACGCCGGUGGUCGUGCGCGAAGGGGCGACCGUGUACGCUACGGGCACCCACGCCCAAGUGGAGGACGGAAAGCUGCUGGAGCAGCUAAUGGCUAGCGUGGGUUACUGCACCGAAGUGGAGGAGGACCUUAUCGACGCCGUCACGGGUCUAAGUGGAAGCGGACCGGCUUACGCUUUCACCGCUGUGGAGGCCCUCGCGGAUGGCGGUGUCAAGAUGGGCCUGCCCAGAAGACUGGCGAUACGUCUUGGAGCUCACGCGCUGCUGGGCGCCGCUCGGAUGUUAUUAGACUCGGAGCAACAUCCCGGGCAGCUCAAGGACAACGUGUGCUCACCGGGGGGCGCCACCAUCCACGCCCUGCACGUCAUGGAGAGCGGCGGGUUCCGCAGCCUUCUCAUCAACGCCGUGGAGGCCUCUUGCGUUAGGACCAGGGAACUCCAGUCCUUGGCAGACCAGGAGAAGAUCUCCCCAGCUGCCAUCAAGAAAACCACCCUAGACAAAGUCAUGCAGCAGCCUGGAGUGACUGUGGAGGCCAACGGCGUGCGAUCGCGUGGAAUUAGCGUCUUCAAUAGCGUCAACAAUCCAAGAACAAAGAAGAACUGACCAAGUACAAGUGACAUCAAUUUUUAGAAAUACAUUUACACAGUGAUAAACUUUUCUCAGACAGUCACGGGUUGCAUCAUCUCCGCGCAGGGCCGAGAGAUAAGAAUCAAACCGCGAAUCUUAAACUGUGAAGCAGCCAUGUUAACCACUGGAUGUCAAUGAUAGUCUUUUUCAUUUUAUUUUACACUCCAUCUGUACAUUUCUCGACCAUUUAUUAUGGUCACACGUAGACUGGCCGAAGUUAAUGCCAGCUAAAUUUGGGCAAAAAAUGUCCUCCAUUUUGAAUUAAUUUCUAUCUGAUUACAUACAUUUAAAGUUAUCUCCAUUUUGAUAGAAAUUUUUUAAUCUUAAAUGAACCUAGCGUGCAUGUUUUUAAUGACCUGAACAUUUGGUGAGUUAGAAUGUGAUUGUUCACUUGCAACCAAGGAUGUCCCGAUGGCAUAUUUUUGCUUGAGAGUCAACUAAUUUUGAGAAUUUGCCGAUACCGAGUCUCGAUCCGAUACCGUUUUUUUUGUUUUUGUUUUUUUAACAUAAGUUACAGUGCUUCCUCUUUCGCUGUUUCCGGGAGUAAUAAUAUAGAGGUCGACCGAUAUGGGAUUUUUAAAUGCCGAUGCCCACACCAAUAAUUUAAAAUCUAAAAAUAAAACAAGAUAUAUUGAAAAAAAAAAAAAAUCCACCGAUUGCCUAUACCUAAAGCCGAUUUUGUAAGCUGUUAUUCUGAUAUUUGUGGCAGAUGUACUUUUUUUUAGGCACGGAGAUUAUGAGAGGCAAUUUUUUUUUUAAAUUGCUUAAACAGCUUCAGAUUUACAAUGAUGACCUGGGACUGUAAUGACUAAUUCGGUCUAGUUUUACCAAACUAACGAACGCAGCACUUCUUUUUAUUAUUAUACACACUCACUCAGCAAGAACUGUACAUUAUUUUUUAAAAGUUUAAACCCAUCAGGACAUCACGGGGAGAUGUAAACAAGUGAGAUAGUGAGAGUUUAAGAGGAUGCUCAUCAUGUUUAAUGCUAACGUGAAUGUUACACUAAUGCUACAAGUUAUAUUUAGGGUGUAAGGAUCACUCAGUAAGUACCUCAAAAGGCUAAAGCAACAUGGCAUAUUCUCUCAUCCAAGAUAAAAAAAAAAAAAAAAUCUUUCAAUAUUUACUAAACAGGCAAGCCUGGACACUGCUUUCAAGCUUUUGCAAAGGGUCCUUCUGGGGUCCUACCGUCAGUCAGCGGCAGCCACAGACGCCUGAUCAAAAUCCUUUAUGAUCGGCUUAUUUUUUUGUAACUCGGCCAAUGGCCGUUGCUGGAAAAAUGUCCAUAUAUCGGCUGGCCGAUAUAUCGGUAGACCUCUAGUAUAAGACUAUUUUUGUUUCUUUUGAAAGCCCGUGAACAGUUUGCAAAGACGUCAACAAAGCACAUGGAUUACUGGAACCAUGUCCUAUGACCUGAUGAGACGGGCGGGCUUUCUUGUGUACCGUCUUCAGAAGAGGCUUCCCCCUGGUGUGACAGCCAUGCUCACCAAUUUGAUGAAGAGUGGGGUGUAUGGUCUGAGCACUAACAGGCUGACCCCCCCACCUCUUCAAUCUCUGCAGCAAUGCUGACAGCACUCCUGUAACGAGUCACAUGACAUUUUGGAGGGAAAAGGACAAGCAGUACUCAAUUUGAACAUUUAGGGUUGCGCAUUUUUUCAUAGGGGUGUACUCACUUUUGUUGCCAGGGGUUUAGAUAUUAAUGGCUAUAUUUUGAGUUAUUUUGAGGGGAAAAUA